GCGCGGCCGUCAGUAGGCGCCGGGCGGUCGGUGAGGGUUGUGGUGCGGGAGCGGAGCGCUGUUCCGAGUCCCUCGACACCGCAGGCAGCUCCGAGUCCCUCGACACUGAACGGGGAGCGGGGCGUGACGACAGUUCCAGUCCGGCGACACUGCAGGUCAGGUCACCACUCGGUAUGUCGGUGGCUCUCCAGGUGGGCGGCGCGCCACUGCCGGCCGGCGGCGGCUCCGGCUGGCCGGCCGAGCGGCGCGCGUGCCGCGCCGCCGGCGGGCAGCAGCGACGCGCGCCGGCCCCACCACCCGGCCGACGGUUCUCGCUCAUCACCCUAGUGAAUGUGAUCCACUCGGACCGGGCCGUGUUCGGGACGCACUCGGGGCCGGCGCCGCCGACGACACCGUCACCGCCGCGGCAGCGCCACAAGGCGGACAGCGUCGGCACCUCAGGUGGCCACGGACCAUGCACACCUGGCGCUCCGGAGGAGACGGCUGGCGCUGCAUACCGCGCAAAUGGACAGAACUCGAGCCUCAGCUCCUCGCCGCCAGACGGCUCUGCCCUCGGCGAGGCGACCCCGAAGCUCAGCUCACCCACAGAUGGGGUGGAAGCGGAGAGUGGGGUCGACUCGCCGGGGCUCGGGGGCGCGCCCAGUCGCCCGCUGCACGAAAACAUAAAUCAACAGACGAAGCGCCAGCUGCGGACGGGGCUCACCGUGCUGGACGCGGCGGCUCGCCGGCAGCUCUGGCUGGCCGUGUGUCGCCACCACGGCGCUGAGCUGGAGAAUGGCGACGAGUACCGCGACACGGUCGAACAGAUGGAGGGGCACUACGGUCCCGCCACCGGGCCGCAGCUGCCACGGCCGCCUCUGAAGCUGGCCUUUUACUCGAACGACUUUGGUCUGGACGCGGCCGGCGUGUGGACGGCCGAGCGGAUUCUGGCCGUGCUGGCCUACAACAACCCGGCCGUCACCUACAGCCCGCCGCUCUUCUCCGUCUGCUGCCUGCUGCUCCGCUUCAUGGACGAGGAGGACGCCUAUAACUGUCUCUGUAUGAUGCUGAAAAACUCCAAGCUCGGCUACCUGGUCCAGACCAAACGACAGUGUGAAAUCUCCUGGAGAACGCUCGUCAAACUCUGCAGAAAACAUGCGCGGGGCAGCAUGCGCUUCCUGCAGCGGUACGCCGGCAGCAGCGAGGCGGUGCGCCGACUGCUGGCAGACUGGAUGACCUGGAUCUUCUGCUACCUGCCCUUCUCGCACGUGGUGCGCCUCUUCGACUGCUACCUCAUGGAGGGCGAAAAGGUGCUGUACCGCGCCGCCAUGGCGCUGAUAGUGCUGCUUCACAAACAGACGGCCCACCAGCCGUGCCGAGACAAGGCCAGCCACUGGGCCACGCUGCUCGAGGAGCAGUCCGUACAGGACGUGAUGAAGAUCUUUUGCCAGGAAAUACCGGUGACGCCGCGGAAGCUGCUGAAGACCAUGUUCACGAUCCGCGCGUUCAGUCGCGGUACGCUCAACUCGUCCUACGUGAAGGCGAGGGAGCAGAUCCGCGCCGACGGCGGCCGCAUCACCUUCCCAGAGCCGACACCGGCGGAUGAGGCGGGCUGCGGCUCCGAGCUGGCCCAGCAGAACCUCCCGAGUCUAGACUCCCAGCGGCUCCUGGGGCGCAGCUCCAACACCAUCGGCGUGAAGGAGCUGCUGCGACUCUGGGAGAGCGUGCCGGCCCGGUUCGCGCUCUGUUCGCCGCUGCUGCUCUACACCUCCAGCGAGCACGGCUUCUCCCUGAAGACGUUCUACCAGCGCGUCGGCACGUUCGAGCCGACCGUGCUGCUGCUGCGCACCACCGAGGGCGAGGUGUUCGGCGCCUACUGCUCAGCCCACUGGAACACGCGCAACCAGCUGCUCGAGGACGGCUCGCGACAUGCCUACUUCGGCACCGGCGAGACGUUUCUGUUCAGCCUGCGGCCGGAGCUGAGCGUGUACCGGUGGGUGGGCGCGGCGCGGGCCGGCGGCGAGCCGCGCGCCGCGCCGCUGCGCCACGAGCAGCAGCUCUUCCAGGCGGCCGACACAACAAUGCUGACGGUGGGCGGCGGCGGCGGCGGCCAGGCCAUCUGGCUGGACGAGAGUCUGAGCCGCGGCCGCUCCGACCGCUGCCAGACGUUCGCCAACCCGCCGCUGGCGCCCCACGGCAGCUUCGAGGUCGCCUGCAUCGAGGUGUUCGGCUUCGCGCCCUCGUAGAGGCGCCGCAGCCGCAGCCGACGGCCGAACAGUUACCACUGCCGGCGCUCUGAGACAGCAGCGCGACUGUGAGACGGGACAGGACUCCCAAAUACCCAACUGGAUCUGAUAAUUGUGUGCAUUAUUCGCAGGAUAUUGUUAAGUGUUAAGUAUCAUUAUGUUUCGAUGAGUGACGAAUGUUUCUCUGAGAAGUAUACUAAGUGGGCGCCUCUGCAGACCGACCGGGUGCGGGAGGCUGACGGGUGACCUUUCGGUACACCAGGGAGACUGGGUCAGGUUGGCCGGUCAACCGGGCGGGCUACUGGGGGCCGAUCUGACCAGCCAAAAUGGUCCGCAUUUGACACGGAAACUGCCAAUAUCUGGGCAUGCUCGCCUUGGAGGUGUGAGAGGUUUCAGGUCUCUUGUAGACCGGUAUCACCAAUAUUUACUAUGAUCCGAUUGUUGAUCUGCCUCAACGUAAGAUGUGUUUUGGCACUGGCUGCCUCGCCUCGGUAAGCAAGUUUGCGGUGCCUAUGGUGCAUGUCGUACUCGUUUAGCAUGCGUUCUAUUUAUCCCACAAUAGCCCAAUAAUCCCACAACAUCAUAACAAUUUGGCCCGGCCUAUAGCCGCGCAAUCGGAUUCGGGGUUACCUUAUGUUGUCAGACCACGAGCUCUUAGAGCGUUGCCAGCAAGGUGCGUGGUGCGCCGUACAAAUGUACCGUAUUACCAGCAUGUAGCCGAUCUGAGCCGGAGCCAGGGCAGGCGCUCCGCUGCGUCCGCGUGUGGAGACAAUGGAUGACGGCGCGCUGUGUGGUUAUCUAAUGUGCGGAGCGCCUGAGAGGCUUAUCUUAUGAACGGAGCACCCUGCUCGGAGCCAAAUCGGACUCUGAGUCGCCCCGUGGAGAGCUAUGUCCGUGUGUUUUUAGUGUAUGUUCAAAGUGCUAGUCUGGUGGUCAAUACACGAAUACUCAGUUCAACGGCAGAGUGUAUUUUCGAAGUGCUGUGGUCAAUAAACGAAACCUCAGUU